AUGGUGGCUGCAUCCCCCAGUCAGCUAGGCGACGAGAUUACUGUACCUCAAGAAGCCGUCAAGCCUACUGUAAGGUUAUAUCGUUAUAUCUUGUGUAUUAAAUUUGGCCUGACUAAUCAAAUGUUUAGGAUGAGAGAAAGAAGUUGCCAUCUCUUCAAGAACUCAGAAAUGCCAUCCCAGAAGAAUGUUUUGAGAAGGACUGGAAGAAGUCGACCUUCUACUUGGUUUGGGAUCUCUCUGUUCUUGCUGGCUUGUAUUACAUCGUCCCUUAUGUAGAGCAGUACGGUGGAUGGAUAGGCCUCUUGUUUUGGUAAAUGUCUGCUUUCAUUCUUAGACCUGUUCUUAUAGGUAUUACGUAAUGGGUAUGUUUUUGUCAUCUUUAUUCGUUAUUGGUCAUGAUUGUGGCCACAGUACAUAUUCGGAGUACACCUGGCUGAAUGAUCUCGUUGGGCAUAUUGCUCAUGCUAUUCUUUUGGUGCCCUAUUGGCCUUGGCAGAAAUCUCACAGACAGCAUCAUCAAUAUACGGCUCAUCUGGAGAAAGAUCGAGGACAUCCCUGGGUCACGGAAGAGGAACAUCUCAGCAAGAGUUGGUGGCUCCAGAACUUUGCGGCGUUUCCUCUUUCUGGAUUCAUCAGGUAAUUGGAUGCAACAUAGAAUAAAACACUUUUAGAUGGAAUCCCAUCUACACAAUUAUUGGACUCCCCGAUGGCUCGCACUAUUGGCCUUAUUCCAAACUCUUUAAGACCACUGAAGACCGGAUCAAAUGUGUGAUCAGUGUGGCUGCUUGUUUUGUCUGUGGAUACAUCGGCUUAUCUCUCUGCAACUUCAGUCUUUACAAUUUCAUUAAAUAUUAUUACAUUCCCCUGUUAUUCCAAGGUCUCUGGAUUAUUAUGAUUACUUAUCUACAACACCAAGAUGAUGAAAUUGAAAUUUAUGAAGAUUCUGAGUGGAACUUUGUUCGAGGGCAGACUCAGACAAUCGACAGGACGUACGGCCUUGGAAUUGAUACGUUGAUGCAUCACAUUACUGAUGGUAAGAGCUGACGUUAUGUGUAAUCAUUGUUCAGGUCAUGUUGCCCACCACAUGUUCUUCACCAAGAUCCCCCAUUAUCAUUUAAUGGAAGCCACCAAAGCUAUUCAAGGAGUUUUUGAGAAUUAUCCGGGAGUUUACAAGAAAGAGAACAACUUCUACACAUUAUAUGACUUCCUUAAGUGAGUCCUUUUUUAUUGCAUAACAUGGCUUUCAGAUUGAACAUCCGAUUAGAUUACCUGCUGGGCAAGGGGACUGGGGUCCUCAGAUAUCGCGUGUCCAAUUUUUAUAACAAGAAAAACGAGUGA